UAAGAUACAAAAUUGGUCUGAGCUACAAAAGCAUGGCAGCUGCUGAGGCGGCGGUGGGGUCGUCGUCAUCUUUGAAAACAGACACAGUCCCAGUUCCUGAAAGUGCAGGAACAGCUGCAGCAACGGCCGCCACCUCCUCAGCGACGGCUGCAGCCGCGGCAGUUGCGGCCGCGGUCAGGACCGGAUCCGAAGCCAGGGUCUCCAAGCCCGCGUUGGCUACUAAGCUGCUGUCCCUGAGCGGCGUGUUCGCGGUGCACAAGCCCAAAGGGCCCACUUCAGCCGAGCUGCUGAAUCGGCUGAAGGAGAAGCUGCUGGCAGAAGCUGGAAUGCCUUCUCCAGAAUGGACCAAGAGGAAAAAGCAGACUUUGAAGAUUGGGCAUGGAGGGACCCUAGACAGCGCAGCCCGAGGCGUCCUGGUGGUUGGAAUCGGAAAGGGAACAAAAAUGUUGACCAAUAUGUUGUCAGGGUCCAAGAGGUAUAUUGCCAUCGGCGAACUGGGGAAAGCUACUGACACACUGGAUUCUACAGGGAAAGUAACAGAAGAAAAACCUUACGAUAAAAUAACACAAGAAGAUAUUGAAGGCAUUCUACAGAAAUUCACUGGGAAUAUAAUGCAAGUACCUCCCCUCUAUUCUGCAUUAAAGAAAGAUGGACAGAGACUUUCAACUUUGAUGAAGAGAGGGGAAGCAGUAGAAGCAAAGCCUGCCAGGCCAGUUACUGUAUACAGUCUCUCCCUUCAGAAGUUCCAGCCGCCAUUUUUCACGUUAGAUGUUGAAUGUGGAGGAGGUUUUUAUAUCAGAAGCUUGGUCAGUGACAUUGGCAAAGAACUCUCUUCCUGUGCCAACGUGCUGGAGCUGACCCGAACCAAGCAGGGGCCAUUUACACUAGAAGAGCACGCCCUUCCUGAGGACAAGUGGACGAUUGAUGACAUUGCUCAGUCUCUUGAGCAUUGCUCAUCUCUCCUCCCAGGAGAGCUGGCACUUAAAAAAUCCAAACCUGAGGAGUCUAAUGAACAAAUGUUGAGCUGUGAGUAUAUAAGCCUCAAUGAGACAAAGGGAGAAGAUGAUGUAAUUAAGACAUUUUAAGAUCAGCUUGGGAUUGUCCUCAUUUCCUGGUUGGCAUUUGAAUGCUGUGUGCAGAAUGGCAAGCAAGCUACGUGCAAAAGACAAACUGUUACCUUUUUUUUUUUUUUUUGCAUGAAGAAAAGUGUCCAUCAUUUCUAGUUUCCAUAGUGUACAGUUUAUUUGCUGUACAUUUUAAAUAGCCUUGCAGUUGUCCAGUUAUUGCUAUACUAUGGAAUGUUCUUUUAGGAUGCUAUUAUGUUGUUAGAUUAGAUUUGGGAAAAUCAACUUUCUGAUUUUGAUCUCUCUUCAGUCUUUUCCUAUGAAAAAAUUGAACACAUUUUCUAAUCAGAGAAAAAAAAAUGAGCUACAUGUUCCUUUGGUGUCACAAAAGUGAAUAUGAAUUAGAGUUUCUUUGACUUAAUUUUGGCUUCCUGGUGGCUCUGAUUAUUGGAAUCCCUUAAUUAUGUUUGAAAAAGCCAUUAUUUAACUCUAAUGUUUUGGAGAGUUUAUGAUUAUUAAGAACAUUUCAUUGAUAAGGCUGCACUGAUCUUGGUAAUAGUCCUGUUUGUUUAGAUCUUGGAAACUAAUAAACUUUUAUAAUAAGUAUUUAUAGAUGAACCAAAUUAUUGCUGCUACACUAACAGGAUGUAAAUAGAAGACUCCAUGUUUAAUUAAAUUCACGUCUAUUCUGCUGAUGGCACAGAGGGCGGCUCCUAAGGCUUAUGGUUAGGCAGCUAUGAGAGGUUUUCCUCAUAAUUUAAUCAAUACAGUUGACCACCCUGUGCCAAUUUACUAAAUAACCUAAUUUUAACAAAUUGAGCUAAAGAAUGUGUUUUCAAUUAAAAAUUUAUUUUCUCUAUUCUUUAGUAUUUUUUAUAUCUCUUUACAGGGUAUUAUUUCCCAUGACAUUGUGUUUUCAAGUGUUGUUUAUAGAUGUCAAGAUUGCUGUCCUGCAUUUGCAGUUAAUCCCGUCUGCUCUAAAUGUUUAAAAACAGUUAUUCUCAAACAUUUUCAAUCAAGUCGCCUACUGAAAGUUCGCUGUCCCUCUUUACCAUGGUUUUGAAUAUAGUCACAUCACAAGGUAGUGAAUUUUGUUAUGUGACGAGUGCUUCAUAUUUUUAUUAUGGGAAAGCAAUAUUAUGCAGCCAGUCUGUAGAAGUGUUUAAAUCCCUCUUCCAUUUAUUCAAAUAGGUACAGUUUCAAAAGGAAGAAUCAUUAAAAUUUUCAUCAAGUAAGAGUUUUUAACUUUUUAUGGAUUGUCUUUCUUUUAAAGGUGGUUGUCUACUUAACCUAACAUAAACUUAAAAGUAAAAAAUUAUAUGCUUUAGUAGAGCAUUUUCAGCAUAUUAGUGACAUAUUUUAAGUGGAAAUACUGAAACAUUCUUAGUAUGACACAAAAUUAUAAGGAAAGUAGUUAUGAUACGUUAAAUGGCACGUUAAAUGUACACGAAGUUGUAAAUGGAAACUUUUACAGUUUUACUUACUGUAUCUAGUGCCCUGCAGCUUUUAUCAACCAGAGGGGGCCGUGGCUGACUUUCUGUUGGAACGGCACAGGUUACAGGGUGUCUUCAUAGUCUACCAGUUAAGGUCCAAAUAGAGGAAUAUAAAACAACUGGGGCAUUUCUGCUCUAUUUCUCAACUUAGAAAUUAACAUGUAUAAUUUACUAAGGAGAAGAGUAUAAACGUUUUGGGAAGACAAGUAACUUUUGAAAAUGGUAGCCAAUCUUUUUCUUUUAUUGAAAACAUUGAAAAAAACUGCCAAAUGGAAAAUUUACCCAUAAUCCUCACCAUCCUGAUACAGUGACUUCAGAACUUCAGUUUUGUAUUAUGAUUUUUCCUUCUUUUGUUCACAUAAUUACAGUCUUAAGACAUCUAUACUUUUUUACUAUUUUUUAAAAUUCAUAUUAUUUGACUAUUUGUGUCUAGUUUUAAUAAUGAUUGUUUUAAUCAUAUAACUUCAUUUUGUUUAAACCAUUUCCCUAUUGCUGAAUAUUUAAGUUAUUUUCAAUUUUAUUAGGAUAAAUUCCUGGUGUGGGAUUAUUAAAUAGAGUAAUAGGAAGUUUUAUGGUUCUUAAUAAGUUUGCCUUAUUGCUUUCCCAAAGAGUUGUAACAUUUUACAGUGUCAUCAUUUGAGUAUAUCCUUUCACUAAAAGUUUACAGCUUUGGGUGGGGGUUUUAUAUGUUGUUGUUGCUAAUUUAGUAAGUUAUAAGAGUUCAGAAUUGCUCUGAUUUACCUUUGUGUGACUUUUUUGUAUACUUUGUUCACUUAUAUAAAUAAAUGUUUUAAUGGUUUCUUUA